UAAAGAUCAUUCGCCUGAGAGAUAAGGUGCAAAACUGCAAUAGGUAUGGUCUCUUUCACUAGCGAAUUGUCCUCUAAGCCUUUUAGUAAAUUGGUGAUGUUCCUGCGUAUGGGAUUUCUGGUGAAUUUUUGCUAGCAACAGCCACUUCACCCUUUAGUAAAUCUGUCCCUUUGGCUCUUCGCUUUGGUUUUAGAUGUUCCCGACAUUUCAAAACUAGUUGCUCCCAGACACUCAUAUUAUUUUAUAGGUGACUAAAAUUGACUAACCAAAUGAUUUCAUGAAGAUUUUUAAGAAGAACGGAAGGAUAGAAGAACAAAGGGUUCUAUGUGUUAUAGCUAGUGAUGUCUUGGUGCUGAAAUGUUAUUUACCGAUGUUCAGUUUACAUUUAUUUUUAUUUGAAUGCUUCUCUAGAGCCGUAGUCCACGUCACAACAUCAUGGAGCAACGAUCCUUCCGUCAGUGGAUAAUGGAGAUGCGUGAGUCCCGGACACUGGUUGUUAUUGUGGUCACGGUGGCUCUGUUUGUGGACUGUAUACUUAACACUGUUAUUGCUCCAAUACUUCCAACUAUACAUGGAAAAGAAAACACAUCUGUAACAUCCAAUUCCUCUGCUGUCUCAGACUACUCUUUUUUAUUCAACCUUUCUCUCUACAAUAACUCAAGUGAAGGCAUUUACCAAGAACAAAAUGUCAGCAGGACUCAAGGAUCUGGAAUAGAUGGUGAAUGCCAUGACCAGGGGAAGGACAAUUUACACGGAGAGAACUUGAAAAUAGGCCUACUCCUUUCAUUUAAGGGCAUGGUGCAAAUUGUAGCAAACCCCAUAGUGGGAAAAAUAACAGACAAGUUUGGAUAUGAUGCACCAUUGCUUGUUGGAUUUGCUGUUGUGUUCACCUCAACUUUAAUGUGGGCUCUUGUCGAAGAGUAUGUUUUUCUUUAUGUGGCCAGGGGAUUUCAGGGUAUUGGAUCAUCCUUAACCACUGUACCAGGUUUGGCUUUGCUAGCAAAUAUUUACCCAGAUGAUAGCGAAAGAGCAAAAGUCAUGGCAAUAGCAAACAGUGGAUUGGCAGUUGGGGCCCUAGUUGGUGCUCCCUUUGGAUCUCUCAUGAAUGGGUUUCUGGGGAAAUCCUCUGCAUUCUUUGUAAUAGCUGCUGUGACUCUACUGGAUGGAGCCCUCCGGCUGUGUAUACUUAAACCAAAGUUUUCCCCAGGAAGUAUCCCUGCAACACCUUAUCGGACUCUACUUGCGGAUCCUUACAUUUUGGUGACUGUUGUGGGAUACUUCCUCACUAAAUUAAGUUCUGGCAUACUGCAAGCAACUGUGCCUAUAAGGAUGUUGGAACACAUGUGUGCCCCCAGCUAUCAGCUUGGUCUGGCAUUUGUUCCAGCUUUGCUCACAUCUAUAUUGACUCUCAAUGGAUUUGCGAUUCUGUCUUUAAAAUGGGGGAGGUGGCUUUGCCUUAUGCUUGGACUUAUUUUUCAAGGGAUCGGGGUUAUAUGUUUUCCUUUAGCUAAAAAUAUCUUUGGACUCAUUGGACCUUCCAUUGUACUUGGCAUUGGCUUUUCCUUGGUGGGGGCAUCAGUAGUACCAAUGAUGGCGUUUCUCAUUGAUCUGCGUCACACAUCAGUCUAUGGUGGGAUAUACGCCAUAAUGGAUUCAGCUUUGUGUCUUGGAUUUGCUAUAGGUCCAUUAUUUGGUGGAGCCAUUGCAAAUGCCAUCGGAUUCACCUGGGUAAUGGUCAUAUUAUGUGUGUUACUUAUUACUUAUGCCCCUCUCUUCAGUCUGCUACGUAAUGUCCCUGGAAAAGAUGAGAAAAAGCCUAUUUUGAACCAUGAAGAAAUGCCAGAGGAGACCAAGCCUGAUGACCACUAGACCCACAACUUACUGGACCUAGUUUAUACUUCUACCUCUGAGAGACACAUCAUGAUGCAACAUCAAAUAUUUGCAUUUACAACAAGAGGCUUGCAGCACUUGGGGUUGCCAAAUGUUAUGCACCCCCAAUU